CAGAGGCGACGGUGACGGCGAGGUAGAGCCGGAGAGGCAGGAGGAGCCAAAGCAACCAAAACCCUCGUCCCGAGCUCGAGCUGUGGUAGGGUUUACCGGUCCAGGUCGGGAUGGGAGGAGCCUCCCCGGCGAUAAAGCCGAUCAGCAAGUCGGUGGUGCACCGGAUUUGCUCCGGCCAGGUCAUCUUCGACCUCUCCUCCGCCGUCAAGGAGCUCGUCGAGAACAGCCUCGACGCCGGCGCCACCACCGUCGAGGUCAGCCUCAAGGCCUACGGCGAGGAGUGGUUCAAGGUCGCCGACAACGGCGCCGGCAUCUCGCCCAGCAAUUUCCAGGCGCUCGCCCUGAAGCACCACACCUCCAAGAUAUCGGAUUUCUCUGACCUCAACUCCGUAGCCACCUUCGGGUUCAGGGGGGAGGCGUUGAGUUCCCUCUGCGCAUUGGGGAAAUUAUCGGUUGAAACGAGGACUAAAGAUGAGCAGGUCGGGACACAUUUGGAGUUUGAGCACUCGGGCGUGGUCACAUGCGAGAGGAAGAUUGCACGGCAAGUUGGAACCACUGUGACGAUCGAAAAAUUGUUCUCCACCUUGCCGGUUCGGGGCAAGGAGUUUAGCAGGAAUAUUCGGAAGGAGUAUGGCAAAGUAAUCUCCUUGCUGAAUGCGUACGCCUUAAUUGCCAAAGGGGUCAGAUUACUUUGCACAAAUAUCGUGGGCAAGAAUUCCAAAAUGGUGGUGGUUAAAACUCAAGGAAGCAGUUCACUGAAAGACAAUAUGAUUACGGUAUUUGGUUUGAACACUUUCAAAUGCCUUGAGCCCUUCAACGUGGCCAUCUCAGAAGACUGCCAGGUAGAAGGUUUUCUUUCCAAACCUGGACCCGGCAGCGGUCGCAAUUCAGGAGAUAGGCAGUUCUUUUAUGUGAAUGGCAGACCUGUGGACAUGCCAAAGGUCACCAAGCUUGUUAAUGAACUCUAUAGAAGCUCAAAUUCCAAGCAAUAUCCUGUUGCUGUCCUCAAUUUCUGCAUUCCAACCACAUCUUAUGACGUGAAUGUCGCACCUGACAAGAGAAAGAUUUUCUUCUCUUCCGAGCAUGCCAUUUUGCUAUCUUUACGGGAGGCUAUUGAAAAUCUGUAUAGCCCUCAACAGUGCAGCUUUUCCAUCAAUCACAUUGAAGAUCCUGAAAAGGAAGAGGACCCUGCCAUUGUUGAACCAAAUGAAAGCACAGAUUUAAUAGAAAAGGAGAAUGUUUCAUCUCCCGAAAAUGAUAACGACACGGAUGAAACAGAUAGCGAUGACAAGGAUCCACCAGAGAAUCAGAAAGUGUCUUCUUCCGUGACAAGGUUAGCCACUGGAGCUGCAUCCAGAGACAUAAGCCCCUUGUCAAGGGGCCCAGCCACUCCGGUUGGUAGAUCUCCUUUGCUUUCAGCCUCCUGGUAUGAACAGCCAAAAAAAUCCAAUGGUAGCCAUCCAGUAAGAGAAAAUCAUGCUAGAACAGGGCCUGCUGUUAGUGCUAAAUCCUCCCCAUCAAGUAUAGUUCAGUCUUCUCUUAUGAACUUUCUAUCACUAAACAAGAGGAAGCACGAAGACAGUUGCAACCUUAUUUCCGAAGCUCCAGUGCUAAGAAGGGGGACAAACUCAGAACAAGUGAGACGAACAAGCCUGGAAGAAAAUGCACCUGGUAUUGCAAAUGCCAACUCACUCCAGGAAACUAGCCUUUUCCAGCGUCAUUCUCCGCAAUCAUUUGUACCUAAGCGGGCAGAAGUUUCAUCACAGCAUUCAGAACCAUCAAAUAUUGUGUCUCAUAGUACUGAAAUGCCUCUCCUUGAUCCACGCGGUCUUCACAGUACAAAAUCUGAUGUGGGUGAACAGAAUGAUCAACGCCUUUCAAAUUCCGGUGCUCCAUGUCAAUAUCCGGAAGAUAUUGAACCUCAAAAUGGACCGUCUAAUAUUCCUUUACCUGUUGCGCAUGGUCAUGAUGAUGGCACUUCAGGGUGUUCUACAUCAGUAUCAUAUCCGGUUAUGCAAUUUAAAGUUGCUGAGCUUAGGAGAAGAAGAAAACACAGGUUUAUGGUAUCACAUGAAAACGGAAUUCAUUGUUCCAACAAAACUGCAAGGUGCUAUAAAGCCGCGACACUGGAUAAUUAUGUGCCAAAUGACGACGAGGGAAAAUUGAAUUAUUUAGCUGCAGCGACCAAUGAGUUGGACAGGCUUUUCAGCAAAGAUAAUUUUGGAGAAAUGGAGGUUGUUGGGCAGUUUAAUCUUGGUUUUAUCAUUGGAAAGCUGGACCAAGACCUUUUUAUUGUAGAUCAGCAUGCUGCUGAUGAGAAGUACAACUUUGAGAGCUUAUCACAGUCAACAACCUUAAACAUACAGCCUCUUCUUCAGAGUAUUUCUGACUGUGUUCUGACGCAGGCCACUGAGACUUGAACUAUCACCAGAGGAAGAAGUUAUCGUAUCUAUGCACAUGAGCACUAUCAGG